UUCAGCGCACCAAACCUUUACCAUCUCUGCUAUGUUCAGACUCUCUACGCGCCCUCCACCGGCUUGGAUGAUGCCGACGCCGGAAACGUAUUGCUGUUAUAGUUCUACCAUUUGGCGGUUGGGAGUGAUCGUUAACACCCUGGUUUGGUGUUGAAUGAUCCGAGGGACUGCAAGGGGAUUUCACAGCGAGCUGAUUUGGCCGAGUGGAGAGGAGAGCGGGGCUCAGGAUGCUAAGCUGCACUUCAUACUUGCCUGCGUGAUUCCUCCACGUCUCUAGGCCCUCCCUAAUCCUGAUGCAGCGACACAGAGGAUCCCCCUCAGUCCCAGGCUCAACCUCUGCAGCUAUCAGCCACUGAUCAAUCCUAACCCACUCUCUCUAUUGGGCCUUUCUUUUUCCAGACUGUCGCUUCAAACCGGGAUUACUCACUGAUCUCAUGCUGAAUCCUGAUAUGUCAACUGAGUCUUCUGUGGACCUCUGAAGGAAAUGUCAAAACUCACCCACAUUCAGAUGUGACAACAGGACUCCUGGUACUCCUUAUUCCUCUCCUUUCUGGGUUUGUUCUCUGUCAGUUGGAAGCCAAAGCCAUAGCUCGUCUGUCGUUGAGAAAGAGCUCCUUGUUAUGAGGGGUUCUGAGGCCAAAAAGACUAAAAUUGACAGCCAUUUUUAUGCUCCGCUUGUCUACAAUAGACCUGGGCUGUGGCAGGAAAGCUUUUGUCAUGUGCAAGCUUUAACAUAAGUUGCUGGAGGCUGAGAAAGGACUGCUGUGUCCUGGGACCGACGAGUUGAGCCUGGCGCAAUCUGUAUACGUUUCCUGCCUUCGAUACCUGGUCUGAGCUGCCCGGUCCGCGGCAGCGUGCUUUCCAGAUGCUGCCAUGCCCAUCAUCAGCAACGCCAACCAUGACUUCAGCAACCUGUCCGUCAGCGAUGACAGCAGUCUCGACCGCAUCUUCACAGAGAUCCCCGAGACUGAGACCAUCAAGGGUGCGUACUAUAAGAGGGCUCAGUUCAUCCGUCGGCCAGAGGACCUGGUGUCCGUCGACCACACCCUGCUGGCGGUGAUCAACGUUGGGGGAAAUCGCUACACCUUCCCCUGGAGCACCCUGGAGCAGUUCCCCCUCACACGACUUGGCCGGCUCUGCGGCUGCCGGUCCCCCGAGGACAUCGCCAGCGUCUGCGACGACUACGACGAAGCCCACAAGGAGUUCUUCUUCGACCGCUCGCCGUCCGCCUUCAGGGUCAUCCUCAACUUCCUGGCCGCGGGGAAACUGCGCAUGCUGCGGGAGAUGUGCGUGCUCUCCCUGCACGACGAGCUGACCUACUGGGGCGUGGAGAUGACGUACAUGGAGCGCUGCUGUAAGAGGAAGAUGUACACACGCAUCGAGGAGGUGAACGAGCUGGAGCGGCGCGAGGAGGAGCGCAGGCAGAGAAACGCCAUGCAGCACGUGCCGGUGGAGGAGACGCAGUACCAAAAGGUGAUGAACUGGCUGAGAGAUAUGGUAGAGAAUCCGCAGUCCGGCUUACCGGGGAAGAUCUUCGCGUGCCUGUCGGUGAUCAUGGUUGCGGUGACUGUCAUCAGCUUGUGUAUCAGCACCAUGCCAGACCUCAGAGAGGAAGAGGGGAGGGGUGAGUGUUCCUCUAAGUGCCACAACAUGUUCAUCAUAGAGACGGUGUGCGUGGCCUGGUUCUCCCUGGAGUUCCUGCUGCGGUUCAUUCAGGCCGACAGCAAGCUGGACUUCCUCCGCGGGCCGCUCAACAUCAUCGACGCCAUGGCCAUCCUUCCCUACUACGUCUCCCUGGUGGUGUCAGAGGAAGACCCAGAACUGGAGCACGAGAGGCCAGGAGGAGGUAAGGGCUACUUGGACAAGCUGGGCCUGGUGUUGAGGAUCCUGCGGGCGCUGAGGAUUCUCUACGUGAUGCGGCUGGCUCGCCACUCUCUCGGCCUGCAGACGCUGGGGCUGACGGUCAGGCGCAGCACUCGGGAGUUUGGCCUCCUCUUGCUUUUUCUCUGCGUGGCCGUCACCCUCUUCUCGCCGCUGGUCCACUUGGCUGAGAGCGAGCUCACGGGCACCCAUGACUUCAGCAGCAUCCCCGCCUCCUACUGGUGGGCCAUUAUCUCUAUGACGACCGUGGGCUACGGCGACAUGGUGCCCAGGUCCAUCCCAGGACAGGUUGUGGCGCUGAGCAGCAUCCUCAGCGGCAUCCUCAUCAUGGCCUUCCCUGCUACCUCCAUCUUCCACAUGUUCUCCCGCUCCUACCAAGAGCUCAAGAUGGAGCAUGACAGGCUGUUCAAAGAGGAGUGCGCGGCGGCUGCGGCUGCUGCCGCCGGGGAGUUGCAGGAGGCGGGAGUUGAAGGAGGGGGGGAGAACUCAGCCCCGCCUGGGCUGGGAUCACAUCUGGACAAGAGUAGUGUGCACUCACUGGAGUCUCUUGCUCUGUUAGGGAAAGGUGGUGACGCUGCAGGAAAUAACAACCACAGCCUGCCACCAGCAGCUUUCUGAACAGUACUCACACCGACUGACUCAAUCCUAAACUUCUAAGAAGAUAUAAGUCCACUAAUCUCUGUGUUGCACACAAUAAGUACUGCAAAUGAUUAAUGCUCCAAAGGCCUCACCCCCACACGGUUGUUUGUGUUGCAUUGGAUAAAAGGAGAUUAAACAGACAGCAUUUAUUUUUGCUCUUUGGUCUACUGAUGAGGAGUGCACAAUGUAGAUUGCACAGAAACUGAAAGACUUUAAACCCUUUAAAUUAGACGGUCCAGUUUGUCUGACCAGAAAGCCUCUGCAGCAAUAUUAGUAACCGGCUGCUUCCAUAAACAUGCAAUAUUCAAUCCAAAGUUGCUUUUCCUUCCACUGUGAAAAUACUUACAAGCUUAACUGCAACUUUAAGUUUUAUUCUUAUUACUUUUCAAUAUGUUGCCUACAGUAUGACCAGGAAUGUCUCUCAUACUGAAUACUCUACUUUUCUGUAAUGAAUUCAAAGAAGUGCUCCUCUUAGUUUAUUUUUGAGAAGCUUGAAGCCAUGUUCUAAGAAGAAAUAUAAACAAACUGCUAGUUUGGCCUAUAUAUGAUAUAUGAUAUAUAUCCAUCUCUGUCUCAUUCAUUUAUGUUUGUACGCUUGGACUCAAAGAGGUGAUGGUUUCUACACCCUCCACCAUGAACUCCAGGUAAACUGUGUGAAAAUAUUGCAGAAGUUAUGAUCCAAAUUGUUGUUUUAAAGGAUGGGGAGAAAGAAGGAGGGUUUGUGUGAGAGAUUGAGCACUAACAGCCAUGACGUGUAGUUUGCAA